GCCUUUUUUUUCACAAAAAAAGCCAGGUUACAGCAGCUGCUCAAAGCUCAAGGCUCAAAGCCUCGAACUUGAAGCUUCCUUCCUUCUUUCCACUAAAACAAAAGGCGGCCAUUAACAUAGACAAAAGAAAAGUGAAGUAGAGAAAAAGAAAGGAAAUAGAGGGACAAAAUGAAGAUCGAAGAGGUUCAAUCAACGGCCAAAAAGCAGAGAAUCGCUACUCACACUCACAUCAAAGGCCUUGGUCUCGAUGCGAAUGGAAAUGCCAUUCCUUUGGCUGCAGGUUUUGUGGGGCAAUCAGAGGCAAGGGAAGCAGGUGGACUUGUGGUGGAUAUGAUAAGACAGAAGAAGAUGGCUGGCCGUGCACUUCUUCUAGCUGGGCCUCCUGGUACUGGGAAAACAGCUUUGGCCCUUGGAAUAUCCCAAGAGCUUGGGAGCAAGGUUCCAUUCUGUCCAAUGGUUGGAUCUGAGGUAUACUCAUCCGAGGUGAAGAAAACUGAGGUUUUGAUGGAAAAUUUCCGACGGGCUAUUGGUUUACGUAUCAAGGAAAAUAAAGAAGUCUAUGAAGGAGAGGUUACUGAACUCUCUCCUGAAGAAACAGAAAGUGUAACAGGUGGUUAUGGUAAAAGCAUUAGUCAUGUAAUUAUUGGAUUGAAAACUGUCAAAGGAACAAAACAACUGAAGUUGGACCCUACAAUCUAUGAUGCCUUGAUUAAAGAAAAGGUAGCUGCUGGAGAUGUUAUAUAUAUUGAAGCAAAUAGUGGAGCGGUCAAAAGGGUUGGCAGAAGUGAUGCUUUUGCCACAGAAUUUGACCUUGAAGCAGAAGAAUAUGUCCCACUUCCCAAAGGAGAGGUUCACAAAAAGAAAGAGAUUGUGCAGGUUGUUAACCGGUAUAUUGAUGAAGGUGUGGCAGAGCUCGUCCCAGGAGUUCUAUUCAUUGAUGAGGUGCAUAUGCUAGACAUGGAGUGCUUUUCAUACUUGAAUCGUGCUUUAGAGAGCUCGCUAUCUCCAAUAGUAAUUUUUGCUACAAAUAGAGGAAUAUGUAAUGUGAGGGGCACUGAUAUGAAUAGUCCUCACGGCAUACCUGUUGACUUAUUGGACAGAUUGGUGAUCAUCCGUACACAGAUUUAUGGUCCUGCUGAAAUGAUACAGAUUUUAGCAAUUCGUGCACAGGUGGAAGAACUGGUUGUAGAUGAAGAAAGUCUGGCAUUCCUAGGAGAGAUCGGACAAAACACAUCAUUAAGGCAUGCAGUUCAGCUGUUAUCGCCUGCUAGCAUCGUGGCAAAAAUGAAUGGUCGAGACAGCAUUUGCAAGGCGGAUCUUGAGGAAGUAAGCAAGCUAUAUAUAGAUGCCAAGUCUUCGGCAAAGAUUCUUCAAGAGCAGCAGGAAAAAUACAUUUCAUGAAGCAGUUUUAGCUUGAGUUUUGUUGUGUAUUGUGUUUUGAGUAGCUCCCUUUCUCAGUGGUAGCUGUAGAAAGCAGAAGGGUUUAACUCAAGGAUACUGCUUUAGUUUGUUAAUUGAUCAUUAGUUAUGUGUAAUGCAAAAUGAGUUACAAUUUGUUUGCUGAACUUGUAGCACAAAUCUGUCCCACACUCUUUUUCCUUAAAUUGAACAUUGAAUCUCCAUGUAUAAAUUCGAUUCUCUUUUCUUUCUAUCUUCUUAUUUCGGUCUGCAAAAUAAGUAAUUUUUCUGUAUUUUAAAUAUUUGUUAUGUUUAUUGAAUAUAGCAUACAUCGAAUAAGUAAUUUCAGUUGCUGAGGCACGU